AUGUCGACGAGCAAACGACCGAGGGCGUGCGAUGCUUGCCAUUCUAUCAAGAUCAAGUGUGAACUUGGAACGACAGGAGGCACUGGACCGUGCCAACGAUGUAUCCGGCUGGGGAAGGAUUGCGUAGUAACUCCUCCGAAGACACAGAAAGACCGAGUCGCAGAGUUGGAGGCCCAAGUAGCGUCCCUCACGCGACUGCUGCAAUCUCAGAAUAUCGAUACACCUUCGUUGGAUGGUCUGACGCCGAUAUCAAACUCAUCUCUUAGUGUCGAUGGCAACCUUCCGCAAGCUGAGGCUGAGAAUGGCUUACCACAGAAGAAGCGAAGACGAGAGCAAGAUGAAUUGUCAAACGGAGCAACUAGUUCCGGAUGCCGCUUUUCUCUCACCGAGCUGGACAUGUUGAUCGUCCAGGAUUUGCAGGAGUCUCUCGUGGAAAAGUACCGCCACGAUCUGGUCAGACUCGUUCCAAUCGUGCCCAUUGCCGAAGACUGGACUUACCAACGAUUACGCACUGAAAAACCAGUACUGCUGCAAACGAUAGUGUAUGCCGCCAGCUCCGGGUCAGUCUCGGAGGAAGUGAACGAGCAUCUCGGCAGAAUAGUCCUGGAAACUCUGACGGCUCUGGGUGGGCAGAAGAGUGAAGCAUCCAUGGAGCUCGUCCAAGCCUUGCUGGUUGCUGUAUUGUGGUAUCGAUCACCCAAGAACCGUCGAGCGAUCGCAACCUUCCAAUUUGCUCAAAAGGCGGUAGACAUUGCUCAAUCCAUCGACCUCUGGCAACCCGGUACGAAAAGCUGGACCAAUGCCGCGGCCGACUCCGAAUCGUCCAAGUUGGUGGAAGCGGUGCGUACUGGGCUUGGCUGUCACUUGAUCUCCUCGAGUAUCGUCCUUCUCAUGAGGCAGUCAAGGCUAAAAUCUUUGCCUGAAUUGGACUCGUGGAGCAUCCACAUGCUCGAAUAUGUGGAGUGCGCCCUUGAGACUGACCGGAUACUCUGCCACCACGUGAGAGCGGAGCAUCUCUGUGAGCGAAUCAUAAGGGAGCUGCACCUCCUCGAUCCCUCUAGUGUCGGCAACGUGUCUGACCCAGCGACGAGAAUCACCAUGCAAGCACUCAGCAAUUCAAUCACGGAUUUCACCACGCAGAUACCUGCCAACGCAAAUUGUGAGGUUCUCGCCUUCUACGAGCAUCUCGCCACGAUUCAUCUCCAUGAGAUCCUUCUACACACCUCUACUAAUCGACAUUCUUUUACUGCGCCUUACCUGGCGGAGCGCCUCUCGAUCACCGACUUUCCAGCACCACCCGUGACACCAGAGCACGUAACUUCCAUGUAUGCACUGAAAACAGCCUGCCAUGCUCUUCUCGACUCCUUCUUCACGCUCGACCUGCAAACGUGGAUAUCUCUACCAUUCCUGCUCUCCAUUGGCAGGGUUGCAUACACUCAAUACAUCUUGGUCAAGCUCUACAUUGCGACUUCAGCGUUAAACAACUCAUUCGGCGCUUUCCUCGAUCCUGAAAGCUUACAAGUGGAGGAGUACUUGCAGAAAUUGAUUGACGUUGCCACCGAGGCAACCCAGAUUGAUUCAAGUACACCUGCAGCGAGAAUACUCCUUGCGCCGAAGAGAAUGCUGGAGUGGUACCGGAAGUACAAGGCCUCACUCGCUGUCGAUUACUUUGCACUCUCGGAACCCGAUUAUUCUAUGCCGGUAGACUCUGCAAUCAUGAGCAAUGACGGUUCGUUGAGCUUGACGGAUGUCGCAGAUGGCAGCAACUCCUUCGACCUUGACCUUCAGGAUCUAUUUCCCAACAUCGAUACCACCAACCUGUUCAUGAAUACAGUCCACGACGAAUACACUUCUCUGGCGCACGUGCAGACUGGAUGA